AUGCCUCAGCUGCAUACGUCACUGCACUUCCACUUGACACUUAUCGUAAUGAUAAACGGCUCGUCUCGCCGUGACCUUCUCUUGAAUUCUGAAGACUUCUGUCGCUCCAUGCCCGCAGGGGUAGAGAGCCCGUCGUUGUCUCGACUGUGCUACCGGAAGCUAUGGGGAAGUCGGAAUAGGAGAGCACUCAUCUUGGGGUGGGCUUACUACUUAGAUGCUUUCAACAGUUAUCCGCUCCGCACUAGGCUACUUAGCAUUUACCUUGGGCACGAUAACUGGUACACCAGAGGUGCGUCCUUCUCGGUCCUCUCGUACUAG